UUGAAUACACAUACUUUUCCACACAUAAUUAUCCCUGUAACACGUGUUUUAACAUGUUUUUUUUUUUUUAUGUUUUCCAAUGUAAUUUCAUGAGGAAAUGGGCAGCUCCUUAGUAGGAGGAUUAAGUUUGUUGUUCAUUUGAGAGCAUAGACGAUUCACAAGAUUUGAGAUGUCAACUAGAAUGUAGCACAACCUUUUCGGUGAUUAGGGCGUGUCAUUUUUGUGGAUUCCUUGCGAAUGCUUCAUAAUGAAUGGGAGUGUCAGUUUUGAAGGUCUAGUCGGGUGUCACGUUUCAGCAUAUUAUGUUCUUGAGAAAUCUCUUUACCAUGAUGCAUAUGCAAUAGCACUAAGCUGUUUUUAACGAUUUUUGUAAAGACAAAACAGAAGAUAUAACGUUUUUAUAAAAGGGGGCGUUCGAAACGUUACAGAGUGAUGCUGGGCUUGGGACAAGCCAAGACUCAACAACUCCCACAGUAAGAUGGUCUCGCGCAUAGUUUAUGCGUGGCAUCAACAGGUUUCACUUUUCUGCCCUGGUAGAGAUGAGCUGUGCUUGUACAGUUUUCACAUGUGGUGUGGACAGAACAAGGAAGGAUGCAGCCUGGUACUGUGGACUACCACUCGCCUGGUACUGUGGACUACCACUCGCCCAUCGCACAGAGCAAACCUCUCUUCUCACUCGUCUCUUCCUGCUCUGGAUGAUUCAUUCUUCGGUGCUUCAAGCUCAUGGGUACUUCAUGUAUGACUCCAAGGCUGUUCUGGGCGACUGCCAAGACUACUGGACCUUCCGGGACCGCGAGCGCAUCCCUCUGCUCUUCCAGGUGACGGUGUGCGUGGACGUGCGCGUGGUCUCGCCGGGCCCCUGGCUGGCGUUCUCCUACAGCUCCCCCCGCGCGCCGCGCUACGACCUGGCGCUGGAGGGCGAUGCGGGCUCGCUGCACGCCUGGCUCCUGGGCGUGCGCCACCACUUCCCCGUGCGUCUGAAGCCCCAGGCCUGGCACCGGCUCUGCCUGCGGCGCGACUCGCUCCGCAACACCUUCAGCCUCGAGGUGGACGGCAGGAGCGACGCCCAGCACCAGCGCACCGUCAUCGCCCGACUCAUCCCCCCCAACGGUGAGCUGACGCUGGGCUGCCGGCCGUGGGAUGCCCACCCUGGGUCCGACCCCCGGGGGAAGGUGGAGCUCUACCUGUUCCGCGUGUGGGAGGACGUGGAGCAGCACCAGGCCUGCGAGGACGGCUCAGUGGCCGGCUGGGAGUCACGGAUGUGGGCCGUCACUCACCCCAGGACCCAAGUCCGGGAUGACCAGCUGUAUUGUGGCAAGACCAGGAGGAAACGGAACAGUGGUGUCAAUUCAGGAGGCAGUUCAUCAAAUGGAUGCAACAAUAAUGGCCAGAGUAUUAACCGUAACCCCAAUUGUGAUAGCAGUGGUAAAAUGGUCGCAACUACAGGCUCUCCAGGCGGCAGAGAGUUAUUUGUCUCCACAGCUGGACAGGUUGUGAUGCAGUGCAACUUCUCUCAGUUCUGUUCAAACACAACAUCCCAUUACUGGAUGAUGAUCAGUGUAACUGUGCAGGGACAAGCAAAGACGGAAGCAGAUCUUAAAGCCUGGCUUCAUAAGUCAGUCAGCCAUGUUGAGACCACAGAAAUAAACUGUACAGACAAGACCAAUAUAACGAAGACUAACUGCACUGUGCAGCUGGGGCUUAGUGAGCCUGUGGGCCCAUGUGGUCUGAAGCAGCAGCUACAGGACGCAGCCAAUAACGAGGGCAUCCAGGCUACCAUCCACGGCAAUGUGGAGAGAGUUGGUAAAGGCCUCUGUUUUGAUGAAGAUAUACUGCCCUCUGGAGGAGAGUUUGUGAGGUGCACCUACCCUGAGCCCUAUGCUGGAAUGUGCACCUCUACCCAGGCUGUCAACGUCACAUGCUCUGUCAUGGACUCUGAGUACGUCCCUGCCACCUCCUCUGACCCUGAGCAAGACUCCUGCCCAAUUGAACAACAAGAUAGGUGUAACUGUGAAUCCUUCUGCAAUGAUACACGAGAAUAUUAUUACGCCUUGCGUCUGAACAUCACAAGUCCCUCCAUCAACCUGACAGACAUCCAGAACCUGAUCUUCAAAACCCACUCAGACUGUGAUUCAGACACGGAGCAGGCUGUCUGUGAAAACAUAACUCAGGCAUUCAAACAUUUCCGGGAGAUACAUUUGGAAUGCCAUGGAAAUGAAACACGGCUUCACAGCUGUAUGGUUGCUCUGAUGCUGAACAAGCAGCUGGGCGUGUGUGAGGUCAGCAGAGUGAUGGCAUAUCGGCUGCAUCAGAGCAGAGGGGUCUCUUUCGACGGGCGCCUGUCUCGAAUGGCAAUGUGUGGUGGGUCCGAUUCACCUGGCGCGAGACUGCUGGACUCUAACCUCUCCUGGUUCUCGUCCAGCCUCACUGUGCCUGACUUCUGUGCUGCUCAACUCAACAGCUCCCUGACAUGCAAAAAGAAUGAGACCAAGGCAGUACUUCUCAGUGAUACCUGUCAGGAAACCUGGCCAGGAAACCAUAGCAACACCACUGCUGUUCCUCCAAACACUACACAAUCUAACACCACAACUGUUCCUCCAAACACUACACAAUCUAACACCACAACUGUUCCUCCAAACACUACACAAUCUAACACCAAAGCUGUUCUUCCAAACACUACACAAUCUAACACCACAACUGUUCCUCCAAACACUACACAAUCUAACACCACUGCUGUUCCUCCAAACACUACACAAUCUAACACCACUGCUGUUCCUCCAAACACUACACAAUCUAACACUACAAGUGUUUCUCCAAACAUGACUCAAUUUAACACCACUGCUGUUCCUCCAAACACUACACAAUCUAACACUACAAGUGUUUCUCCAAACACAACUCAAUUUAACACCACUGCUGUUCCUCCAAACACUGCACAAUCUAACACCAGCGCUGUUCCUCCGAACACUACACAAUCUAACACCACAAGUGUUCCUCCAAACACUACACAAUCUAACACCACAAGUGUUCCUCCAAACACUUCACUAUUGAACACCACAGGUGUACCAUACACUUCUCAAUCCAAUACAACAUUAACACAAAACAACACUGAAUUUAAUGACACAACCUUACAGCAUAACACCACCCAGUUUUACACCACAACGCUACCACCAAAUACUACUCAAUUUAACACCACAACUGUUCCUCAGAACACUACACAAUUUACCAUAUCAGCACAAAACAGCACGUUGUUUAACUCUACAACAGUAUGGAGGAACAGCACCCUAUUUAGCACCACAACACCAUUUCCACUCAACACAACACAAAUGUAUACAACGAGAAAUGAAUCAUUACACAAUGGAUCGUACAUGAACACAACUGCUUUGCCCAUUAAUGUUACGCAAUCUGCCACAAUUUACACGUCUCUGAACUCAACAAACUUUAUCACAGCAGAUGUAUCACCAACUUCCUCACAUAAUAUCAUCACUUCAAGCCCUCAGUUGAACACAACAGAGUCGUUUACAGAUUUACCAUCAUAUCUUAAUGCCACCCAGGACUAUAACUCAACAUCCAUUCCACUUACGACAGCUUCUCAAAAUGCAAGUUCUUCACCAACAACACUGGGUGUUAAUUCUACUACUAGUGGAGCAAAUGCCACCCUGAAUGUGACGAGCAGCUACCCAGCAGGCCCUGUGCUGAACCAGACAGUUCCCAUGGUAACAACACCAGAGCAGAACACAACAACGCAGCGCGAGAACGUCUCCUUGGUUCCAGCCGUUCCAGACAGGACCACUGCCCCGGCAACCAUGACCCUCACCACCCCUGCAACCACAACCCAGCCCGGGGCCCAGUCCACAGGAGUGGUUUCUAUAAACCCAAACGCCACAAUGCCAGCAGAGGCUAGCACAGCCACCACAACAACAUCUACAGCUUCGCCUUCUGAUCCAGAAGGGUCAUCUCGGACCACCAUCUCUACAGUCACUACAGAAACCACCACACCGACCACAACCACCACGUCCAGCCCCGGUGAGCAGGCCAACCAGCUGCAGAACCUGACCAAGGACGUGUCGUCCCUGAACUCGUCCCAGGUGGCGCAGGUGGUGGAGCAGCUGGAGGGCAUCCUCUCCGGCCCCAACAUCAGUCUGGAGGUGGGCCGGGCUGUGCUGUCCGUCAUCAGCAACCUGCUAGGCGCCUCUGCCAGCACGUUGGGCUCCUCAUCAAACAGGAUAAUCCAUGCUGUUGAUACUCUGGGUCAGAAGCUGGUUAUCGAGGGAGACAGCACGACAAUUGAAGCCGACUCACUGGUGUUAUCCACAACAAGGGUAGAUGGGAAUAAUUUCAAUGGCGGGGUAUUCAUCAUCGCAAACCAACAGAGUGCCCGAGCGAAGGUCAGGAGUGAACGCAGGAGUAAACGAUCAGAGAGGGAGUCGACGCUGGACGAAAGAGACCUGGGCAUGGUCUUUCUGCCCCCCUCCCUGACGCAGCACCUGAGCCCUCAGGAGCUGAAGCAGUUCUCCAGAGUCCAGUUCAGCUUCUACUCCAAGACCACGUUCUUUCAGGACAAAGCUCUGGACCAGUUCCAGUUGAGGCUCAACAGCCUUAUUUUGAGUGCCAGUGCGUCCAACUUGUCCAUCAGUAACCUCACAGAAGACGUGGAGAUUAUUCUAAAGAAUGACCAGCCCAUUCCGGAAAAUGCCACAGCUGUCUGCACGUUCUGGGACUUCAGCAAAAAUGGAGACUCAGGGGGCUGGAACUCUGAGGGAUGUUCAGUGAAGAACACUACCAAGAACCAAACCAUUUGCAGCUGCAAUCAUCUCACCAGCUUUGCUGUCCUCAUGGAUCUGUCCGGAGAAGGCAUUACAGACCGCCUGCAGGCCACCAUCCUGUCCUUCAUCACCUACAUCGGCUGUGGAGUCUCUGCCAUCUUCCUCGCCAUCACCCUCCUCACAUACAUAUCAUUUGAGAAGCUCCGGCGGGAUAUCCCGUCCAAGAUCCUGAUCCAGCUGUGCUUUGCGCUGCUGCUGCUGAACCUGGUGUUCCUGCUGGACUCGUGGCUGGCGCUCUACCCGGACGCCGUGGGCCUCUGCAUCAGCACCGCCUUCUUCCUGCACUACUUCCUGCUGGCCUCCUUCACCUGGAUGGCCCUGGAGGCACUGCACAUGUACCUGGCCAUCGUCAAGGUGUUCAACAACUACAUGUCCCACUACAUGCUCAAGUUCUCCCUCAUGGGCUGGGGCAUUCCCCUCCCUGUUGUGAUCAUCGUAAUCGCAGUGGAUAAAAAUAACUAUGGCCUUGUCAAUUACGGAAAGUACGCCGAUGGGACUACAGAUGAUUUCUGCUGGUUCAGGAAUGACAUUGCGUUCUAUGUGGGCGUGGUGGCGUACUUCUGCUUGGUGUUCGUGCUGAACAUGUCCAUGUUCGUGGUGGUCAUGGUGCAGCUGAACCGGGUCAAGCGGCAGAACCCCCAGAACAACCAGCACCGCUCGCACCUGCAGGACCUGCGCAGCAUCGCCGGCCUCACCUUCCUGCUGGGCCUCACCUGGGGCUUCGCCUUCUUUGCCUGGGGGCCCGUCAACCUGGCCUUCAUGUACCUGUUCGCCAUCUUCAACUCUCUGCAAGGAUUCUUCAUAUUUGUAUUCCACUGUGCACUGAAGGAUAAUGUUCGCAGACAGUGGAGGAUUUACCUGUGCUGUGGUAGACUACGGCUUCCUGAGAAUUCAGAUUGGAGCCGAACGGCCACUCAGAACAACACAAAGAAGACAUCCUUGGCCACCAACUCCUCCGUCCACUCCUCCAACUCUGCCCUGACCCAGAGAACCUCCAGGAACUCCUCUAUGACCAGCGAUGUUCUAGAACAAUCUAACGGCAUCCACUCCCCAUUCGAGGACAGUUUGAUCACAGCUUUGGAAGACACAAAUGGCGAUGUUGUCCUCAAUGAGAUCAACAAUCCCUAUCGCUCCAGAAGACGGGAGUGAUGGGACUGGAUUGACCCAGAUGACCUUCAGGUGACCCAGAUGACCUUCAGGCUCAUCGCUUGUAUCGCAUCCAUCGACUUAAAUAAUGUUCUUAUUCAGAAAAUGUGAAAUGGGAGUAUUCACCAUGUCAAUCACUUUGAAUUAAAAGUGAUAUGAAAAGAGACAGCAAUGAGGACCUACCGUCAGGUACAGAAUCCUACACAAAGUUUAAAUGAAGUACUGUAUACGUCCGAUGCAAAGGUUUCUCACUCACUGUGGACUGCUGUGAGCUUUAGCCAAAUACAUUUCCCACUCGGCCCAAGGAACAGUAUUAUCGUCUUGACUGCUGGAAGCCUGAGACCUUCAAACCCCCAGAGAAGCGUCUGGUCCACGGGUGGCCAGGGACUGUUGAGCUCUGACGUUCUGGACACAGGCCACGGCCAAGGCUUGACAGUCACUGAAAAUUAGAAAGUCACUGAAAAUGGCUCAGCUUUUGCCUUAUGUUGUUUGUGCUUUGUAAACGACCAUUUAUAAAUUAUUGUAGACAUUUAACGAAAGGUCCCUCUCGUAAUGCCCAAAUGUCCUUUCAUUGGGCUUCAGUAAUUGAUUGUACACUAAUAUGUGAAGAGUGGAAAGAGUUGAGGUUUUUUAAACAAAUAUCGGCCUAAACAACAAUUCGGAACAACUUGUGAAACAACUGAGGCUCAAGUGGUAUCCAACUCAUUCCAGAUACCAAAGGCUGUUUGGAUUGAUGUGUCUUUUAGAGCUGUUUCUUUUAUGAGGGACUAUUUAUGGUACUCCUCGGCAAUGAUUUCCUGCUUUAAAUGAAGGUUUCAAGGUAUAAAUGAAGGUCUUGGUCAAAUGAAGUAAGCCAAAGGUCAUACUGUAUGUUGCUACAUCCUACAGUAGAUUUAGAAAAUGUUUAUCAGCAUGUUGAAAAUGCUUCAUGGAAAUAAUUAUCAACAGCUGUCAUCUUGAUACAUUUUAUGACCGUAAAUUUAGUAGUAACAAUAGGAAGUUACUAAAGUAGUAACUAUAGACAGCUGCUAAAUCCUAUGACAGUACAUUUGCAUCACAGCACUUUUGAACAGUUUAGCACCAGUUGGCUUUGGCUAGUAGGUUCCUUUUCCUUUCAAGUGUCACCUGAGCCAACUACACGUUUGUGAUGACGGAUGCUGUUUUGCAUAUAAUAUUUCCCAUGCGAAAACAGUGCUGAGAGCAUACAGUAUGCUGUUAUUUAAUCAACGUCUCAGUUACUUUAGUAUGUCCAUGUACCACAUACAACAUAUGAUGGCAUGGACAAAAUAUACAAUAAUAAUGUUGUUGUCAUGUAUUCAAUCCUAAAUGUUAGAUGACUUCAUUUAGAUUCAUUUUUAAUAUGUGGUUUUCAUUCUAAUGUGUUUUUCACAUUUUGAAGAAUGUAGAUUUUAAGACAUAAACCAGUAAAUAGUGAUAUAUUUUUUAUAGAGUGUAAAACACCCCAAUAAUUAUUAUAUUUUACAUCUCAUGAUGAUGGUGAUGCUUCCUUCAACAGAUUUAAUAAAUAUAUAUUUUACAUGUAGAUUUCACUUGUACCAGCUUUCAAUCUGUAAAUAUCAAUGCAAAUACAUU